CAGAUAUCGCGGGGUCAAUUGGCAGUCUAGCAAUUAGCUUUAUAGCUACCGUCGAAGAAGACCACAUCGGCAACCAUGAAAUUCCUGGCUAUUCUGAUGGCGUUCGUGUCGGUCUGCUCAGCAGCUCCGAGCGGAAUUUUGGCCCCAGCCUUACCAGGCAUAGCUGUUGCUGGACCACAGGUGGGCCCUGCAGUUGUUGCUGGUCCGGCAACCGGAGUUGUAAAAGUGGCUGGUCCUGUGGCUGGUCCAGCUCUGGUCACCGGUGCAGUCGCUGCUCCAUCCGCUGUCGUUGGCUCUGUCGCUGGUCCUACUGUUGUUUCUGAACCCGGUUUGGGCGCUGUUGUCGUUGGAGGCGGAGUCGUUGCCCCUGCAGGCAUAGUUGCAGCUGCACCUGCGAUCCUGGCACCUCCCGCCACAGUCGUCGCUGGUCCAGUCACGUCUGCGGUCGUCGCAGGUCCAGUCACGUCUGCGGUCGUCGCAGGUCCAGCAACGUCUGCGGUCGUCGCAGGACCCGUUGCCAAAGCAGCUGUUAUUGGUGCUUCUGCCUCGGCGGUAAUUGCCGGAGGUCACCCCUGGUAAUAGACUAAUAAGAAAAUGUGAAACUCCAUGAUAUACAUACCUCGUGCCUAACUCAGGCCUACACUUACGACAUUCUAUUCUUUUACCUACUGAUUUAAACUGGAUAAUGCAUCCAGAUACAUGUACGCUUAUAUUUAAACAUAUAUUUAAAUAUUUAACUGUAUAAAUAAACAAUAUUGUAUAGUCA